AUGCAACAACACAUUUACGAGCUCGGUCUGCUGGGCGGACGGUGCUCCGACAUCCGCAUCAGGGCGUUUGGUCGCAUCUAUCAUCUGCAUCGCCUCGUCCUCAUUCAGUCUGGCUUCUUCCGUGCCAUGCUCUGCGGCGGAUAUGCAGAGGAUCUAGCAGCCGCUUCCGCCGCAGCCGCCCUCAGCAAGAACAACAGCCAUCGCGAGUCAAAUACAACUUCUUCUUCCGCUGCUCACGCAUCCUCUUCUACCAUCAGGGAUAGCGAUAGUGAUGUGGUGGAACUGCACUUCGAUGAUCCGAACAUCAGCAGGGCCGCCUUUGAGUAUAGCAUCGCAAGGCUCUAUGGCGAUGGUCCAAAGCUGGUGCUGCCCGUUUGGUCGACGCCUUCCUCCGAUCAUCCCUUCUCGCCUGCACUCUCGAUGCGCCUUUCACCAUCCUCCGAUUUGCAACUGCGCAAUCUGUUGAUCGACAAGCGCUCUCACCCUGCCACGCCUCGCUUCCUCCUCUCGCUUCUAGCUACCUCCAUCUACCUCAACAUUCCCAGCGUCACCGCACAGGCUCUCACCCUCGUCCUCUGCUCCCUCACGCCGUUCACUGUGACACAGUAUCUUCGUUUCGCCGUUGGCCAUGGCAUUGAAGGUACCGAUCUUCAUAGAUCAGCUUCGGACGAAAUGCUACAUGACCUCGACGAGUGGGACUGGGAGCUAGAAGGCCCUGCACGAACGCUCGAACAGAUUGCACGUAUCGAUCCGCUUUCGACCACCUCGCCACCAUCGCAGGCAAAGCCGGAAUUCAGCAGCCGGCAAGAAGCAUCCUCGGACGACUUGGCGGCCGACUUUUCCAGCAAGCUCCGCGUAGCCUCCGCCGCACCCCUGGUUCACCCGAGGGGCCGGGAUGGAAAGCGCAGCGCCAAAAAGACCGCAGGCUUCUCCGAGUCUGAGCCUGAGCCUGCAGGGCUUGCUAUGCACGCUGCGGUCUCAAUCUCACCCGAGUACCAGUACGGCCUCACAGCAGACAAGAUCGGAGAAGCCUGUGUCUGCUGGUAUGCGCGCUGGGGCCUCGACAUCUUUGAGCUCGAGUCGUCCAUGGAGCGCGAGCGUAUCGUCGAGAUCGAGACUUGGAUCCGCAUGUGCAGGGAGGAUCGUGACCUUGCAAGGCUGACGCUGCUUCGCGACCGCCUUCAUUCUGGUGACGUCGAUCUCUUGCACACCUCGAUGCUUCCUCGAGGCCGCAUGCCCGAUGCCGAAGAGCGACUGCCUUCCCCCCGACUGCGUGUCUGGUCGUAUCCUUCGAUGCCUAGUUCCUGGGUGCGCGCCAUCAUUUCGUCUGAUGGCUUUUUUGUGCCUUCCGAGCUGCACAGGUACGAAUUCGCAAAGAAGGUGGUCGAAUUCAGGCGCAAGCAAAAGGCGCUCAUCAACGUCUUGGACCGUUUGAUCGAAGAGUGGAUGCGCGAAGACGAAGAAGAUGUUACUGUAAAGCAGACGGAUGCCGCCGCUCCAAGCAAAAAGACGGGAGCAGCGCCCAAAACAUCGAGCCCCAGCGCAGCAUCCUCGGAUGCUGGAGACGGCUUCGGCUUCAAGGCUUUCCGCAGGACCACUUCUUCAGCGGGCGAGGGCGACGACGUGGAUCCUGCUAGCACGCCUCUUCAAGAAGCGUGGAAUGAUGGCAUGGACUCCACCACCUUUUCAGCCUCGCUCGACGAAGACGAAGCCGAGUACGAGGAACUCUUCACUUCCGGCAUCUACUAUUCGCACAUGCCGUUCCAAGCGCUCAACAAGAUCAGCACCGAUGUCUCGCCUACCACUGGUCGCUCCUAUACACCACUCAACGUGCUUCAAGCCGCUCUGUGGGUGAGCAACGAGCUCAAGACGCACAUCUUGUCGAGUGUCAGCUCAGUGCGCCAAAGUUCCGCCUCGGCACCGCUUCACGACGCCGAGACGGCAAGCGAUGCUGCGUCGCACGAGUCUGACCACACGUUGGCACAAGAUAGGGACGGAGUGGGCGAGCUCGGUGUCUCGAGCUCCAUCGUACACUUCCGAGACGCGUUCGAGUCGACGGUCCUUGCGGCUGGCUCGCAGCGGCACUUCUCUCGCAGUCGGUCGGGCACUCCUAGCUACCUGGCUGACGAUGCCGAUGCUUCUCUCGGCUUUGGAUCCACCUCGGCUUUAGGAGGUCUCGCUGCCAGUCCGCUCAUGUUUGGUGCGCUGGGUGGUGGCAAGGCGGGUCUGCUCUCCAAAAAGUACUAUCUCGUGCCGUCGGAUGACACGGUCCGGUUUGGCGAUGGUCUCAUGUCGGUGAUGGGAUCGAUCGUCCCAAGCUCUUCGAAUACAUCGCGCGCUGCUGGCUCGGAUGACGAACGGGGACACACGACGGCCGCAUUUGCAGACGACCAUCUGGGUCCCUCGGGCACGGCAGCGAUCCAGAUGCCUCACACGCUGCCCAUCCAAGCUGUGAUGCACCACGAUGCGGCUAAUCCGUCCACUCAGCGACGCGACCGAUCGCACUUCUACGGCAUUGCCAACGACGUGGCCACGGGCCGGGAGCUCGGAGAGUUUGCGUACCGACACCUGUCCUCCACAUCCGAGACCACUCAACGCCAGCCGAUGGGAUCCGUCUUUCCGUCGUCGUCACGUCCAUUGGACGAGAGCGAUGCACGAACCUCCAUGGCGGGCGAGACUGGCGGAGCACGUUCCCACGACCCGAACGAAGAUGUCGACGACGUCGAUGCGGACUCGAUCGACUCGAAUGGUGUUUCGCCAGAGCGGUGGAGCGGGUAUGAGCCCAUGCGCGUCGGUGUGGAAUUCUUUGGUAUCGACAAGCUGCAGGAGAAGCAGCGGCUGUACUCGCCCACGUUCUUCUAUGCGGGUAGCGUGUGGAACCUGUACAUCCAGGUGGUCAAGAAGGUCAAGGGGAUCCAGCUCGGCAUCUACCUGCACCGGCAGAGCCUGAUGGAGCAGCUGCCCCCGCCGUCAGCCCCCACAGCGGUGGAGGCGGAUGCAGCGCAGGGUAUGGCCGGCGAGGCGGGUUGGGCUGCCCCUGCUGCUGGUGGCUCUGCGGGAUCGCGUGCAGCCGCGCAGCGCGAGGCUGGAGGCUCAACGACGCCUCGCGGUGGUGGCAGGGUCGAGCCGAACGAAGGGGCGAACAGUUGGCGGAAUAGUCGAGCGGCGCACCAGGCGUCGGCUUCGCGUGGCUCUGUAUUUGCAGGUCCGACGGUGGACGAUGCGGUUGCUGCCGGUGGGGAAGCUGCAAGUGGCAGCUUUUUCGAUACGAGCUUUACAUCGCCCGUGCGUGCUGGCGGCCACGGGUAUGGUGCGAGCGGGGCAGGGAGCACGUUGACACUGCCGAGCGGGCGGAGCGUGACUCGGAUGGGAGGGGCGACUGGGGGAAGCUCGCCUAUGCGCAGUGGGGUUCACGAUUCGUUUGCCGCGGGCGAGGGCGGUGGCGGAGGAAGCACGUUGUCGCAUGCGGACAAUUCGGUCGGUGGUGGAGGAAAUAGUGCGGCUACGUCGUCGAUCCCGGCGUUAUCGACGCUCGCCGACUUGGGCACGAUGCAGUUGGGAGGCGAGCCAUCGCUGCUGUCGCACAGCUACCUCGACGAUGCGCUGUCCAGCGGCGCCACCACCACCGCCGGCGCGUCGGCGCUGCAUCGCGCCACGACACCUGCUUCCGCUCGCGCCUCCGCCUCCGCGACCACGCCCAGCGCGCCGACGGUGCCCCGUCCGCCCGUCGUCCCGCUCUACCCCGGCGGCCCGUCGGUAUACCAGUGCUGCCCGACGCCCGCCAUCCCCUACCGCGACCCGCGCACCGAGCUGCGCGCCUACUUCUCAAUUCACUGCCCCAGCCCGCUCGGCACGGCGCUGACCAAGUUCAGCUCCGGCCCGGACAAGUUCACCAUCAGCCAGAGCUGGGGCUGGAAGUCGAGCUCGCUGCUGGGCACCGUGCAGCUCGAGGAUGGCGAGUUGGCCAAGGGCCGCGCGGGGUUGUGGUAUCGGUUUAGGUGUGUGUGUAGUAUUGGCGUGGUGUGA